AUGUCUCGAAGCAAACCACUUACUUAUCAGUCUGCCAAAGCAGUCCUAGAGUAUAUCAGUUUUGGAAAGAGGAAAUGUUUCUACGCCAUGUGCCCAGCAAUCAGAAAAAUGGAAGAAAUUUUGCCUUAUCAUCUCAAAUUAGUCAAGCUGUUUAGUAUGGCGCAAGAUGAUAUCCUCAUGUAUAUUGAUUCUUUUCAAUUUCAUUUUGAAAAGUGUGAGGGAAAUCAGAUGCGUAUGGUAAACCGUGCAACGAAAACAGAUGUUGACCGGCUCACCUGUUUGGGACCCGAGCAGGCAGCGGAGAAAUUUUUAUUGUAUAAUUUAAGCAGAGAGGGGACACGCAUUAAAACAGUUAAAUUGAUUGAUGCACCAGAGUUCAUUUCGAAAUGCAUUCCAAUUGCAAUCAAAAACUUGGAUGUGUUCAGAACAGCUUUCACAGCAAGGUUCCCAACAAAUAUUUCAAUUGAAAAUGUGGAAAUAGAUACUACAGUUAGAGAAGACAUUCUAAAAAUGGCAAAACAUGUAAUAAUUCCUGUACAUGUCAAAGGAAGAAUCAACACAGAAAUAGUAUCUGAAUGGAAUUGCGAAUCCAUCCGAAUUGAAUCAUCGAUGUACUAUACAGAGAUUGCGGACUACUGUAACAAAGUGUCGAAAAGAACAGAUAGACCAAUUGGAAGUAGGUUGAUGGCAAGACACAGUGUACCCAUGGAGUUGUUUGAUGUGCUUGAUAUUCUUCAUUCUGAAAUGAACGCCAGAAAGACAAUGUUAAAUGGCAGAGAAUGUGCAACAAUUUCAAUCGACGAGUCGACUGAGUUGAACGUAUACGGAUUGACCAAUGAUGAUCACUAUGUGGUUGUGGAAGUCUGUGCAAGAGGGAGUGCAAUCGAUCAAGAUGUUUGA